AUGAGAUUAUAUAAUUUUUUAUCUAUUUAAUCUUUACCCUAAGAAUAUAUGUCGCAAGGGAAGAUGGCCGACGACAGAAGGAUCAAAGCAGCUGUAGACUUGAUUAGCAAUUUACCAGAUGAGAUACUCCAACACAUACUCUGCUUUAUACCGAUCAAAGUAGCCAUCACAACAUCCCUCUUGUCUAGACGAUGGAAGCAUGUAUGGUGCGAGAUACCUUCUCUUUCCUUAGAUGCCACUAUACUGACUGCCGCUUCGGUAAACAAAACCCUAAGUCACUACACAGCUCCCAAGACGAAGAGUUUUCACCUCAAAACCUAUAGGAGGGAAUACACUCCACACAUCAACCGGUGGAUCAAGUGCGCCAUGUCACACAACGUUGAGAAUCUUUCCCUGGAUUUCUGGGCUAAUAGUUAUCCGUAUAAGGUUCCAGAUUUCUUCUACAACAGUUCUUCUUUCAGGCAACUCAACAUUAAGUUAAUCUUUUUUCAUACGAUUGUUCCCGAAUGCACCGUGUCUUGGAAAUUCUUACGGAAGUUAUCCUUAAGUGGUUGUACUCUCUCUGAUGAAUCCUUAGCAAAGAUUCUAACCGGUUGUCCGAUUCUAGAAUACUUAACAUUGUGUCACUGCAGUGAACUAAAGGUUCUUGAUCUCCGCAAAUCACUACGUCUGAGAACAUUACAAAUAAGACGUGACAUGUCGGUACCAGGACCAACGCAGAUUGUGGCACCACACAUCCAUUCUCUCAGAUUGUUAAACUCUCAGUUAUCAUGCACUUUUGUCGAUGUCUCUUCUUUAACCAAAGCUAAACUGGAUAUUUGUUAUGUCUCGGUGAACCCUAACUUGGCUGAUUUUCUUCAAACCAUGCUGCUAAAGAUGCUAGAAAAGAUACAAAACGUAGAGAAGCUUACUUUUGGUGGAAACUUUAUUCAGAUUUUAUCUCUUGCUGAGAUUCGUGGUGUUUCUUUCCCGAUGCUCAAGGUCAAAACAUUGACUCUUGAUACAGAUAUCUGUCAGUAUGUUAUUCCUGGUAUAGAAAGACUGUUACAAAACUCACCUGAUUUAGAGACGCUAACAGCACUUUCAAGGGAUUUCAACAGCAUGCCGGGGAAGUAUCUUGACCAAUACUUGAAAUCACAAGGCUUUAAUCUAAAUACAUGCUGGAGAUCAACCUCUUUGAACAACCGUGGUGUGGAUUUAACAUCUGAGCAUGUGGCUUCAUUUGUGGAACUUAUGCUUAAACAUACAAAGAAACUAGACAAGAUGCUCGUACUGUUGGAUGAACGUUUCCUUCAGUUUGAAAUUGAAGACGUGGUGGUUCCAACAUUUCCUCACAACAAAAAUGUCAAUGUUGUGCUCUGCGCCACCAAGUUGAUGGUAUCAGAACAGUGGUGAAUCAUAGUGGUUGAAGUCUUGAGACCUUUAUUGAACGUUUCUAUUUUAAAUUAUACUUUUAAUAACUGGUGUACUUUAUUUAAUAUUGUAUACGUCGAGCCUACUGAGAACACAAUAGAAGAAGAGUUUGGAUUGUCUUACAAAAGUUUCAGGGCAUAUAUAAGUGGAGCUCAUUAGAUGUGAAUCAGUUAUGCAAUAUUUGCUAGAUUUAGCGUGGGAUGAUAUUUUUAUUAAGUGUAUGACAAGCAAUCAUUAUCUGAUAGUUCAAUAAACUGUACAAGAAAAAAAAAGAACGAGAUUCAGAACUUCAUUUCCACUUCCACAUAGACCAGUGAUUAUACUCCCUAGCUUACAAAGCUAAAUCGUUAAAAGAACGUUUAUGGCGCAAGAUUUUUGUAAGGCGUGGAAGAGGUACUACUCCAUAUGGUCGUCGAUCUCACGAGAACUUAUUAUUCAAAAAGUUCUUUAUCUUCCUAUGACUUCUUUUAUGUUAUGCUUUUAAACAAAUGUGGUGCUUUUAUUUACAGUAUACUUAACUUCUUAACAUGAACUCUAUGGCUGAGCCAUUUCCUUGUAACUUUUCUACUAUUUAAUAGCAAGCCUUUCGUCAAAAAAAAAAGAAGAUUUUUGUAAACACUUUUAUGCAUCUGUUCUUAUCUAAAUCACAAAUAAGAGAGACUUGAUUAGUAAGAGACUCUAUUUCAACCAACCUUUUAUAAGCCAAGUGCUCACUAGUUGCUCUCUAAUCAGCUUACUACAUUCAGUCCUACACUAUAUAUCAUAUUCCGGACUUAAUUAUAGCUAAAGAUUUAAGCCGCUACAUAUGUUGAAAACCUUAUCACGUUUCUCUUUGGGUGCUAAGGUUGAGCAACACUUUUUGUUUGAUGCACAUGAAAUUCGGUUCACUUGUUACUGUCUAUCAGACACAAGGAGCAAGAGAUCCUAAUGGGACAAUAAAGAUGACAGAAAAACAAUAAAGAAGUGAUGUAAAAUCACCUCGUGAACAACACGAGUAGGGAGCUUCCAGACAUUUUAUCUCUCUGAAAUAACCGCUCUUUUCCUGGACAACGAGGACCUACGCUCAUUGAAUUGCGUUAUUUCAUAACGGUUUAAGUCAUACUCAUGUUUUUUCUUCUUCAUAGAACGAACAUCAUUGACAAAGUAAUGUGCUGGACACUAAAAUUAGGGUGCCUCUCUAGUGGUUUUGUUGAGGACAAGAGCACCAACACCAACAAUGUGAGAAGCAUUGGCGGGGAUAGUAUCAGGGGUAUUAGAGAUCCAAGAGACAAGCAUCAAGUACACAGGCUCUGCUUGAUGAUAUCUACACCCACCCUUCCUGAAUAUUGAAACACACAUAAAGCAAGUCUAUUACCAAAAGUCAACAAACAAAACAGAACAAGAAAAGGUUUAUCGAGAAAAAUCUCUUACAAUAACAGCAAACUCAACAAGAUUAGCUAUAAACCAAGAGGUAGCUUUAUCCAAAUCCCCUUCUUCCCCUGCAAAUUUCAAACAAAAAUAACAACUCCCAGAAAAUGGAAAUUUCAAACCAGCGGACUUACUUGAGUCUCAAGAAAUCCCAGCAAAUGGAAAUUUCUUCUUUCAUUCUUAUGUACCACGUGUAAUAUAACAACUCCCCUAAACUGUGAUUAUUUUUUCAUCAAUUGGAAGCUGAAGCCCAUUAAUAAAGAGGAGGCCAUGUAACGCUUUUAUAUACCUAAAAAAUCAUUGCCCUAAGAAUACAG